UCGGCCUGGGCGGGGCUGAGGGGAGGAAGAGUGUGAGGGGGAUCAGACGUCAAAGAACGAUCAGAGAUUCCACAAUUUCACAAAACUUUCGCAAACAGCUUUUUGUCCCAGUGCCCCCCUACAUUGUCCUGACACCAAAUUUGCAUAAAUCCUAGGAAAUUAUUACUAAGCCCUGGUCGUGGCACCAGGUAAUUUCCUCCCGGGCCUCCAUGGGCUCCUCUAUAAAGGCCCUCUGGAGCCCGUCCCUGCCAGAGCCCAGAGCCUGCAGACCCACCCAGACCUUCGGCUAAGCCUGCAGCCCAGAGCCCCAUGAAGCUGACCGCCCUGCAGCUGCUGCUGUGGCACAGCGCACUCUGGAUGGUGCAAGAAGCCGCCCCCCUGGGCCCUACCGGCCCCCUGCCCCAGAGCUUCCUGCUCAAGUGCCUAGAGCAAAUGAGGAAGGUCCAGGCUGAUGGCACGGCGCUGCAGGAGACUCUGUGUGCCACCCACCAGCUGUGCCAUCCUGAGGAGUUGGUGCUGCUCGGGCACGCUCUGGGCAUCCCCCAGCCUCCCCUGAGCAGCUGCUCCAGCCAGGCCCUGCAGCUGAUGGGCUGCCUGCGUCAACUCCACAGCGGCCUCUUCCUCUACCAGGGCCUCCUGCAGGCCCUGGCAGGGAUAUCCCCCGAGUUAGCGCCCACCUUGGACACACUGCAGCUGGACACCACCGACUUUGCCAUCAACAUCUGGCAGCAGAUGGAAGAUCUAGGAAUGUCCCCCGCCGUGCCACCUACCCAGGGCACCAUGCCAGCCUUCACCUCGGCCUUCCAGCGCCGGGCAGGAGGUGUCCUGGUGGCCUCCAACCUGCAGAGCUUCCUGGAGCUGGCAUAUCGCGCUCUGCGCCACUUUGCCAAACCCUGAGCAAAACCCUCCCCAGCCAGUGUAUUUAUCUUUAUUUAAUAUUUAUGUUUAUUUAAAUCUAAUAUUUAAAGAUGAGGACAAACAGAAAGGAGCCCUGCACUCUUGGGUCCUUCCUGCCGUCUCUGAGUUUCAUUGUCCUGCUUUUGCAGGGAGAAAAGCCCCUGUCUUCCUGUCCCCUGGACGGGGAGGUAGAUAGGUAAAUACCAAGUAUUGAUUCCUGUGACUGCUCCCUGGCCUGGCUCUGUGGUGGGCACUGGGUAGAAUCCCAGUGACCCCCUUACCCCAAGGGUACCCACCUUGAGGCCCAUGGAAGCAUCAGGAAGUCUUCCAGGUGGGAGACAAAACAACCCUGUUUAAUAUUUAAACAGCAGUGUUCCCCUACUGGGUGCCCCCCCACUCUGGCCUCACCAACUUGGCUUGCACGUGCCAGGUGGGCUGUCUCGCUUCUCCUCACGUCCCCUUCCCCACAGGCAUCAAACCCGGCAGAGGCAGCCAAAGUGGGGAGGCUUGACCCUGGGGUCCCACGAAUGUGCUGGGGAAUCUAGUUUUUAAGACGUUUUCGGGAAUAUUUUGACUUCCAGUUAUGGGGAGCCUCGGCAUCACUCUCUCCUCUUUCUCGAUGCCCUAUGGCAACAAUGACAAGAUCCUGACACCUGCCCCACUCUCACCAGGGUCAGGAUUCUGACCCUUCAAGGGCUGGCCAGCGGGUCGUGUGUUGGCCCUACUGAGGGGGACUGGAAGUGGGGAGGGAAAGAUGGGGGGGUUAUGUGACACGUGAGAGGAACACGCAGCUCUUCACCCUCCACCUCUGCCCGUACCUUCUCACUGUAGCCAAAC